UCAAACAACAGAUCAGAAAAGUGAAGAACACCUUUUUUUUCUGCAUCAGUUGAUCGGCUGACAUGUUGGGUCUUGUAAUCGUCUGCUGGUUGAGUCUAAACAUGGUGCAGGUGGCAUCUGGACUCGUCCGGACCAACCGCAUGGACGACUCACGCCCGAGCAUCAGGAGGAUAGACAGCGCAUUUUUCCCAGACAUCACUGUUCAAGACUCAGUUCCCGGAGUGGAUCCGGUCCGACCCAGGAUGGAUUCAGUGGAAGAGCAGCUGAUGGUGGAUCCCGGCUCUUAUGAUGAGUACCCGCAGGAAGUGGCGGACGCAGUGCAGCUGCAGAGGAGAGGCACGCGCUCGCCCGGCCGCUGCAUCCCGCACCAGCAGUCCUGCCUGGGCCACCAGCUGCCCUGCUGCGACGCCUGCGACACCUGCUACUGCCGCUUCUUCAAAGCCUUCUGCUACUGCCGCAGCAUGGACCACACCUGCAAACACGGACGAGCCUAGCGCCCGGGACACGCCCCCGGGGUCAGCCGCACUGCCAGCGGUGAAUGUACAGAUUGUGCAGAUUCGUGUGCAUAUUGGCACGUACACAUAUUAAUACAUACACACACACAAACACACACACAUUUACAAUCACUCGUGUCAGUAUGCACGGAAAUGCAUAGAAAACAAUGCAAAAUGAGAUGCAACAUUUACAAAAAAAGGAAUGAAUGUAUUUAACUACAGUACCACACAUAUAUAGAGUCUAAUAAAUACAGAGACUAAUAUAGAGACUAAUAAAUACAUAAAUAAGUAAAAGGUUUAUAUGCACACAAUUUUUCGUUUCAUGAAACACCAUUGAAAAACUCUUAUAAGUCUCUGUCGCACACUAUUAUUAUUAUUGUUAUUUUUAUUAUUGUUACUGUGUUAUUAUUGUUUGAUUGUUGUUUGCACAGAUUGAAAAAUGGCUCAUAUUUUUUUCUGGACUACUGUAGGCAUUGAAUGGAAAUACACAUUGCUCUCAUUGUGUUUUAAAGUAAAGGAAAGGAAUUUCACACUGUUUUUUUUUUAUUCUGAUGCACUUAAGUAGUGUUUUCUUUUCCUGUAAAACUUCUACAACAAGUUGAUAUUGGCUUAAAUUUUAAAGUACACAACAUUCGGAAGAAUGUAAUGCUCCAGAGUGCCUAUUAUUCUUAAUUUCUGCUUCAGUUUUGCACAGAUUCCCUCUCUGAACUUAACAGUGUUUCUAAACUGUGUGUCACGAAUAAAUAAUAUGCAAAGGA